GGAUUGCUUUUCCAAAUCUUGCAUCCUGUGCGUAUCACUUGAGUAAGAAAUGCUAACAUUAGCUUUACGUCAACUAGUUAUUUCAAUAGAAUAAUAGAUUAACUUCCAAUAUCGAGACUAAGAUUUGCCACAGAAAUAUUCAGCUCUAGCAUAACUGAUGGUAAUGGAAGAUCAUCUCAAGUUAUGCACACAAAGCAAGAGAAAAUGCUUCUCCACAAAAUUCAUCAGUAUCUUUGUUUUCUCCUUGUUCCUGGUUAUCAUCCUUUUCCAAAUCCAGUAUUCAUCCCCUUUUGAGUUCUCUUUAUCAGCAAGACCCCAAAGAUGGGGUUUUCUUUCUCAAGAAAAUAACUCUGGUGUUAUCAAGACCAUGACUGAAGAACUCAAAACCUCUGUUACUUUCCUCCCCCUUAUAGACCUUAGAUUUAGAGAAACAGCCACAACUGGCCACACAUGGUUUAUGAGCUCUUUGAAUGACACACUCGAGGAAAAUGAGACAGAACACUUGUAUUUCCCUUCCAAAGCAUCCAAAGGACGCCUUCUUUGCUUUAAAGGAAGGGAUAUUAGGGAUGGAACAAAGAAUUCAUAUGCUUUGGCAUGGCGAGGAAGUCUUCCAGAAUCCGCUAUUCUAUUGGAAGGCCUAACAUUUGUAUCGGACACAUACUACAACCACGAAAAUCUGUGGCAUGGAAUAUGUGCGAUGACUCCUCUUGUAAGAUGGUCAAUGAAAAAUGAGUGCUUGAAGCCCGCAAGAUGGGUGCUAUUCCAUUGGGGAGAACUGAGAUUAAAAAUGGGAUCUUGGCUUCAACAACUUAUGCAAGCUAGUUUUGGUAAAGUCAAGGUGGAAGGAUUUGAUAGAGGAGAUGUACCUUACUGUUUUGAAAAAGCCAUUGUCAUGAGGCAUGAUCUAGGCCAAAUUACGCGGGAGAACAAGCUGAAGGUGUCCGACCAUUUGCGCUGCAAAGCAAGGAGCUAUUGUGGCCUUAAUCCUGCAGGCAAAGGUACAGAGACGAAUGAAAGAGGAUUUCCAAUUAUAAGACUUACACUGUUAAUGAGAAGAGGUUCUCGCUCUUUCAAGAAUGCAACUGCUGUGAGUGAUAUAUUUGCAAAAGAAUGUGCCCGAGUUGAAGGCUGCAUUCUGCACAUAGUUCAGUCGGAAGAUUUAUCUUUCUGCGACCAGGUGAAAGUGCUGACCAACACUGACAUUGUUGCAUCUCCACAUGGAGCACAAUUAACAAAUAUGCUCUUCAUGGACCGCGAGAGCAGUGUAAUGGAGUUCUUCCCAAAAGGAUGGUUAGAGAAUGCUGGUGUAGGACAAUAUGCUCACCACUGGAUGGCAGAUCAAUCGGGGAUGAAACAUCAGGGUGCCUGGUGGGAUCCAAUAGGCAAAGAUUGUCCGUCGCCACAAGAUCAUCUGCAGUGCUUUCUUUUUCAUAAAGAUGGCAUGGUUGGACAUAACGAAACCUAUUUUGCAGAAUGGGCAAGAAGAGUGAUUGACCAGGUUAGGCUAAGCAAGGUGGGGCAACCCUCUGAAGAUCAAGCAAAGCAACAACAUGAUUCAAAAGCAUGUACCUGCUAGCUUACUGUUAAAGCAUUAAAUAGCAUAAAUAAGGGUAGACUUCAUAAGAGUUAAAAUCAUAUGUAUACACUGUUUUGCCAGACAUCAUCUGUAAAACAGGCUCUGUUAUUUUAACGAAAGAAUUAUAUAACAUACUCCAUUGCACCAUAAUCACAUUUUUCUAAGGUAAGCACCCACUGGUCAUUGUCAUAUAGCAAGUAUUACAAAGAACAAUAAAAUGAAAAGAAAAAGGU